AUUUGCUGGGAAAUGAGGAAUACUAUAUCCUUUUUGCAGCAUCCCUAAAUACUCACUUUUUGAUUACGUCUGUUGUUGGCUCUAAAGUUCUUACCGGCCUAGUUGGUCGUCUGUGAUAUUGCUUGGACGGUGUUUUGGAGUUUGGUUGUCAACUCUCAAUUCAUAUAAAGUCAAUGAUUGUGGUUUGACAGGCUUGUUUGGGGGAAGUUCUUAUUUCCUUGUCACUAUAGUGGAGACAUGUUCAAUCAUAGUUUUUGGUUGAAUAAAUGCUCCUUUUUGGGUUUGUGAGGUUUGACUCGUAGUUUCAAGUGCUGAUAUCCUUCUAAGGAUAUUAGAGUCCACAAGCUUGAAGGGCUUCUAAUUAUUCAUCGGGGUAGAAAGAGUCGAAGCAUGUUGGAAAGGAUGAUUGUUUCUUACUAUAUGUGCUCUUCAACAAAACUUUUGGGGAUCUCAAGAGAGCAAACAGAAUAGUCUGUCUCAAAUUGAGGUUUUUUAAUUUUUUGUUUUUUUGAAUUUAGGAAAUUUCAUAGGGUCGCCUCAGCAAAUUAUCCUUUUUAAGCCCUGUUUUUAUACGUAGAACUUAGGGUUCUUUCUGUCUAGAAAAGAUUCAAACGUUGGUGUAGAUAUUAUCGUGAAUAUGGAAGGAAGAGGUGUAUCAGAAAUAUACAGAAAUGCAAGUGAGGAGCUAUUUCUGAAAUCUUGGGUAGAAAAUUCAAUUGGAUUGUCAACGCCAACCAUGGAGAUGAUGGGUUUUAAAAAUCUUUCUCAGAGCUUCCGUACAGAUAGUGAGGAACUUUUUAAAAGCUGGCUAACAAAUGGAGAGAAUGUCAACAACACAUCAGGCCCACCUUAUCGCACUCGACAGGCAUCAAAGAGGAUUUCCUCUGAGAUUGUUGAUCUGUCUAGUCCUCAGUAUGUGGGAAAGCAUCAAAAGAGAAUAAGCAAUGAAGGCACCUCUACAGUUGAUGAUGUCCCAGGAGUUCAUCAGCAAGCGUUCAGGAAUGUUGCGGAAAGUGAAGUCCAAGGUAGUAACCUAUAUCUUGCUAAGGCAUGGUUCCAUAGUUCUCAACCUAUGACAAGAAGUCGAUCAUCUGAGCUAAGGAGGAGGUAUGCUGCAAUGCAAAAUAAUCAAAGCUUAUUUGGUAUGGAGUCCAUGUAUGACUUGUCAGGGCAUGGAAUCAAUGCCAUGAAACUAGAUAUUGCAAAUUCGCAGAGUUUCAAUGACAUUUCUACUUGUGAAGUUCCAAACCAGCCUGCAACAUUUGUAUCCCCAUCCAAUUCAUCGUCAUCAAUAUUCAAUACACCUAACAUGUAUGACGUAGAUAAAAUUUCUUCUGUUGUAAACAUGCUAAAGGGCACAUUAGAACGGAAAAGGCUAAAUAACCAGAUUGAUAAAGAGGCACCGGAGGAUAGUUCAAACGCACAUUUUUGUGCUCAAGAAACUCUUGGCAACCCUAGUUUCAAUAGAAGUAGUGACAAUUAUAUACAUCCAAUACCAAACAGUCUUCAUGAAUUCUCUCCUGUUCAAGUCAAGGAUAGUAGAAUUUUAGAAACGGUUGAGGUAUCUGCAGAUCUUGGUUUUGAAGCUUUUGUAAAUCCUGUAAAUCCCAUCCAGUCAGGCAGAGUUUCUCAAGAACCUUCUCAAAGUGAAUCUUCUGCUGCAGCAGCAAUUGUUUCAUCCGGGUUUGAAGCAUGUGAUGGUCCUAGCAAUUCAAAUCAAACUCAUAGCAACGGUGAGAGCUCAAGGAAACAGGUUGCAGGCAGUCGGGGUUUAGAAAAUGAAUCUCGAUCUAAAGAUUUCAGAGAAAGAAUAAUGGACAACUUAAAAGAUGAUAGAAAGAGAGGGAGUCUGGUUCGUUAUGGGUCCGUAACAUCAGCUGCUUCAGUGGACAAAGGGGAUCCCACGAAGAAGCGCCGGGUGGAGCGAUCACGAAAAAUGGCAGAGGCGAAGGAGAGAAAUAUGACACCAACUAUUCCAUCGGAUAUACAAUCAGUUCUGAAGCGCUGUGAAACUCUUGAGAAGGAAGUGCGGUCACUAAAACUCAAUUUGUCCUUUAUGAAUAGGAAGGAUUCUGAGCAGACUAAGCAGAUAGAGGAUCUUCAAAAGCAGAAUGACGAUUUGGCAGACGAAAAGGAACGCUUACUUGAAGAGAUUGAAAGGAUUCUUUCAGAAACUGGAAGAAUGUAAGAAUUAUUAUUGACAUUUAAUUGGACUAUGAGACCCUAUAUUUUACUGAAAUUAUGAUGUUAAGGCUAAGCUUAACUAUAAGCAAAACUUCAUGAAGGGUCUAACGGUUAUUUAUUUGCAUAUGUAGUUUUGGAACAUAACUUCUCCUUAUACCUAUAAUGUAACUCUCAAAAACUUCCAAACAUAUUGUCAUUUGGUUAUUUGAUACUUAAAGAGCUGAGAAAUGUUUGAUUA